AUUCCAGUUUAUACAUUAGAACAGCUCGUUCUAAUUCAUCAAACCUAUAAUCAAUUAAAAAAACUUGAAGUGCAUGUGAAUCAAAGAACAAAUCCAUAUUGUGCACUUUCUUCUUUCGUGAAUGUUCCAUUCAAAAGUCUUGAACACUCGAUUAAGUUAUACUUUGAUUAUUCUGAAAAUUUCAAUCUAAAAACAAAUCGAUUAAAUCAG